GCCCUUUUGUGAAUCAAUGUUUUUGCAUAUAAAUGGGCUCCUUGGUUCUGCAGUAAUAUCUUACAAUAAUGGGUUAUAGGGUUCCUUAUCGUAUGUUGUUGAAAACAAAAAAUAUAUUCAGUAAAACUACAUCCCAAAGUUUUCCGAGUAACUUGUUCGCCCUUAAAACGUGCCAUCGGACGUUGUCGAUUAAGGAGAGGAAUCCAAAAUUUACCACCUCGUUUCGGAAUAGUGCAAACGUGGCAGAAGAUUUUUUUUACAAACAUGGAUUUAAAGAAGACAACUUGAUUAAAGAAUUUAAUGAUAAUUCUUUUGAUAAGGAAACUUUAAAUGAUCACACUAGACUUUACCCCAUGAUACAAGUCAAUGAUGAUCUUCUUGAGACCCUAGUAAAAGCCUCAACCAUUGAACAAGUAUUUGGCCUUAUCAAACAAGAGCCGCUCAAUGUUAAAUACGCUAGCCAAGCUAUAGCUACAUUGUGGGACCUGAAGAAGGGUUACCACAAUGUAACAUCAAAUACCUCAUCUGCAAAUCGAAAUUUUAUUCAGGUUGUUAAAAGCCAUCCACAGUUCUGGGUAGCAGUGGAUUGUGUUCAAAAGUCAGCAUCCCUUUUGUCAGAUGACAUCCUCACUUCCAUGCUGCUCUAUCUGAGAAAAUUUCAGAUCUCAAUGAAGGAACCCAGCUUUCAGACAUUGUUGUGCACUUCACUUACUCGUAUCAAAGCUUUCUCCCUCGAUUCGCUGGCUAAAUGGUGCCUUGUCACUUCUAUGCCCAACCAUGGUGGCCGACUGAUGCUUCCUGCAGCUCUGCCAGCUUUUCAUCAACAUGCCAAAAAUUGUCAAUCAUUAACAGAUUUAGAGCUGCUAUCAAUCUGUUUCGUCGCCAUCGCUCCUAUAGUUGAUAAAAACGGGCCUACAGCGUGUAUGUUCGUCAACCAAAUCAGUCACCUAUUAGACAGAAAUGUGCUCAACCAAGAUACUCCGUUGGCCGUACUGGUUGGGGUGUUGCGUGCACUAUAUCAGGUGGCCAAAAGCAACCCGUCAUCGUCGUGUGCCACAAUACGAAUCCUCUAUAUUCUACAGGAUUCUCACUUGAUGAAUAGUCCAUCAUCCAUGGUUUAUUUCGAUGCCAUUCGCAAGUCUUGGGAGGCAGUUAACGAGCCAAUUGGUUUGGUCCGCAAAAUGGAGAAUAUGGCUUGCAGCUGGUUAGAGAAGAUAAAUAUUCAAACGGAGCAUAUCAAUUUGCUUUCGCACGUCUCGCAUAUUCAAGACGCGUCGUCUGACCGCAAAAAACAAUUAGAGCGGCAUCUAAUGCGCAUCAUGGAGAAGGAACAACCAAUUGCAAUUGAACCGUAUCUAAAGCAAAUAUUUCGCAUCAUUCGCUCAUCAAAAAUGUCCGACAUCAGAUUGGUCGACCUGUAUUGGAACCGCGUACUGCAAAGUUUGACAAGGCGACUAGGAAAUAAUGAAGAAUUUGUUCCACUCCUUCUCGACGCGGCCCAAUGGUACAUGUUCUUCAACAACAAUCUUGGAGGAACUUACCGAUCAUCAAACUUCGAAAAUCAAGUCUUAAAAUGGAUCAAGGAGAUGAUGAAUGGCGACUGGCGCCAACCUGUGCGAAAUGUUCGCUUCUUCUGUCGUCUGUCAGCUUUUGUGUUAGCAUACGGAGGUCAUCCAACAUCGACCGGCUUGUUAGAGAAGCUGGUUGACAUAGAAGACCAGUUGACAAUCCAGGACAUCUUCUAUAUAUCCCGGGGGAUCCAACUGGGCCGGCACUGGCUCAGACGGCCACAGCUGCAUUAUUCCCAGCGUGAUAUGGGUGACCUAACGUUGAUGCUAGAUCGGCGUUCUGCAUUUCUUUUGUCCUCGCCAGCAUCGUCCACAUUGAGUUUAACGACUACCCUUUUACAUAGUGCACUUUAUCGCAAUGCCGAAAGCUAUGGGAAUGUGUUCCCGCUCAACGAGGCAGGCUUGCGUAAAUGUGAAACGCAGUUAAACGAGUUGACGGCCAGAGUAACGCGAGAUUUAGUAUUCUUCCUGGAUCGAUUCCGUUAUUUGCAAUUCCCAAUCAUAGACGCGAUUGUGGACUACGCCUUAAAAAAGCACGAGCAUCUGGGGCCAUCGCUUCUCGUCAAUGUCUUCGUUCUUUGUUUCAAUUUAGGCUACAGCACCAAAAACCUGGAACUUCUAGCUCCUAUCACCUCCCAAUCUCUCGAAUCGAAAGAAAAUGGAAUGUUCGGACUCUUUGUCCUGGAGGCGUCCUUGGCUUUGGUGCUUACUAAUCGCUUGUCGAUUAAACUAGUCAAUGACAUCUUCACCGUCCAGUUUCUCGACAAACUGGAUUUAGAAGUAGCUGCUUGCUACUCUAAAGCCACUUAUCCAGCUCGGGUUCGACGUACGUUAAUGGAGCUAAACCGCAGUGUUUGCAUUGACAUGCCAGAAGCUGGUGUCCCCUGGUUCCAUGAAAAAUAUUGCCAAGAACAAAUGCAUACUAAUGCUCCAACCUCUACGAAUUUCCAUGUGGAUAUUCACCACUGUUUGGUGCAGAUUUUGGGCAACAGUAAUCUGAUUGAAAGAUGGACCUACAGUCCAUAUUAUCAUCUUAUAGACUUUGAGGUGCAUUUGAAUGAAAACGGGCAACCCGUUGUUCCAUCUAUCAACAAGUCCAAGAUGUCCAACGGCCGCGAAGAAAAGAUUGCCAUUUUGGCCUUAUUACCAUCGUUAUUCACUGCCAAUUAUGGCUACCUGAUGGGCUUGUCGUUACUUCGUCAGCGACAACUAGAAAUCCUUGGCUAUAGAGUUGUUGGCAUACCACUUCACCAUUGGAACUCUUUGGCCCUUUCCACUACCCAAGCCAAAUCUAGUUAUCUCAAACAAAAGCUGUUCAGACAGCGCAAUGUAUAGUCAUCUGAAGCGUUUCCCUAGUACACACACGACCCUUGUAAAUAAAACAGACGUGAUGAGAAA